GUCUUUAGUAACAGUCCCAAUGCAUUUGCAAGACUUCUCCGUUUUCCGUUUUUGCUUGUCUUUCCACCCCUGCUCUUGUCGAAGAAUAGAUUUAGCGACACCUUGUGGUCAUUUUUUUUAAAGGCACUUUAUGAAGAAAUUAGAGGAAUGCAGCGGGCAGGGUGUUUUGGUUUACACUGCGGGGGAAAGUAGCACACGGGUAUUUGUUGUACAUGUGAAGCUACAGUUUAAAAACUCGCACUGACCAAAUCUGCCCGAAAUAAUAAAACCUUCCAUUUGAAUGGAACUUGUGACUCGGUUUUCGGAAGCAUUUUUAGAGAAGCUUGUGGCCAAUACAAGUUUGCAAAGUACAGUAAUUGAAUACCACCUGGAUCACGAGUUUAGUGCGGUUCAAUAUUUUGGGAAGAUUUUCAAAAUGAUUUGCCACUUUACUAAUAUGCAUUGAAUAUUGAUUUUAGAGGGGUUUGAAAUCACAGCAUCGUAUAUCAAACAGCAAUCGACAAGAAGAGAAAAUACGGUCUGUUGGACAUUCGUACACGACUCGCUGAUUUGUGGGGUUAAAGUUAAUGUAGUGAAAUGUUUUAUUUGUGCACGAUCAACAAAAGGAGCUCGUUUGUUUGUGAACGAGUCACUACGUUAAAUGAGUGACUAACACUGUAAUGCAGCGUGGAUGAUUUGUUGGUGAUUCCAGGAAAGCGUUGGAACUGGUUGCAUGUGUGCUUCCCAGAAUGCUAAUAUUGUGAUGGUAGCUUAACAUUUAACACACAUUGGAGAGGAUGUGUAAUGUAAAAGUACAUUCCUGCUGUUAGCAUAAACAAAUGCUUUUGAGCGAAUUAAAUAAACGGCAGGCUGAAAGCGCUUCUAUUGUAGUUCUUUCUCAAUGACAUGGCGCCAUCUAGCGGUGUCAAAGCUAAACUGUUCUCCAGAGACACUGGAAUUUACACUGAAGAUGCGGGGACGUUUUCUGAACACAGACCGAUUAGACGGUGGGAAAUGCAGGGAAAUUCACUGCGGACAUUUGUUUCAAGCUUUUAUUAAAUGAGAGUGCUCUUACACCAAGUGCAGCCUUUCCCACGCUCAUUGAAGUCAAAGAAAAGAGAGUUCAUGUGUCGGAAAACAAGCUGGCACGAUAUUCUUGAAAAUGUGGGUGUGCGGGUUAGUUUCGGUGCAGGGAAGAGUCUUUUGAACCUCGCUUAUCAGCCUGACAAACAGCAGAUCAUAAUUAAACAUUUCUCCAAUGACAAGCUUUUUAUUUAUUUUUUUCUCGUCCCAGAUUUAUUGAAUAUACUCCUCUAUCAAUUCAGUUAAACGUGAGCCUCUCGCAGUUUUAUACUCGCACAUGACGUCACACUAAUCUUGAUGUUUGAGAGCAUACAAUUUCAAUUAGAAAAACAAAUCUUUUUUUUUUUUUAAUCUGGUGUGUCUAGGCGUUGUGUACUCUGUGGUACCGUCGGUACACAUUUGGCUGCUAUUGCCCUCGCAUUGUUUCCGAGAACAGGAGUUCUGCUGGCUCUAAUGAGAUUGGGGCUACUUUUCAAAGAAUAAGCCUCUGUCUGUGCUGUGAUUUCCGGAAUAAGGGAACCGCAAUAUUCCCUGAUAAUGGCAGAUAUAGAUUGUAUUGCCUUCCGCCAGACACUCGGUUUGUUUAAACUUCGUUUAAGAAUUGCAUGUCUGUAUUUGAGGAGGGAGAUGCAUGGCUAAAUCCAAUGUCCUUUAACUACAUUUUAAAGUUAAUAGGUGGUGCCAAACAGCUGUUCAAGAUACGGGUUACACUGGUUGUGUUGGGUUGUCUUGUAAUUCAAGGGAAGAAGGGCACACUCAUCCAUGAAGCAGACCACGUUAGGGUGUGCUGUGAAAGUGACUGAUAAGACGCAGCAGAAUUUGAAGAUGGUUAACUGUUUAACUUUUGUUGUGUUUUACUUCGUGUUUUCCAAACACGCAUUUGUUUAACAAGUUGAGGAAUUUCAUUGUAUUUGUGUGUCUUUGUUAAGGCACAGAUGGCUGUAUAAUGAGUUGCUGGCAAAGUUUAUGUAGAACACAUUUUAUUCUGUCCCAACUAAGACUGCAAGUUGCUUAUCACAAAUGGCUGAGGACCAGUAUCCAAUCUUGACAAGAUGUCUUGCGCAGCAGACAGCUGCAUCCAGUUUACCCGCCAUGCGAGCGACGUGCUUCUCAAUCUGAACCGUCUGCGGAGCCGGGACGUGCUGACCGACGUCACCAUCCUGGUGAACAGGCAGCCAUUCCGCGCACACAAGACCGUCCUCAUGGCCUGCAGUGGGCUCUUCUAUUCCAUCUUCACGGACUCGCUGAAAUGCAACCUGAACGCCAUCAGCCUCGACCCCAAGGUGGAUCCGGACGGCUUUGCCAUUCUGCUGGGCUUCAUGUACACGUCGCGUCUCAGUCUGAGGGAGAGCUCCAUCGUGGCAGUCAUGAACACGGCCGUCUACUUGCAAAUGGAUCACGUGGUCGAUACCUGCCACAGGUUCAUCCAGUCCAGUGACCGGAGCCCUUCAUCCAAGCUGCCCACAGAAGAGUUUCUGUCUAGCUCAAUGCUGCCUCAGGACAUCAAUGCUUACAGGUUGCAUGAAGUGGCAGAGAGCUUGCCUGGCCGCAUCGCUCCGUUCCGGGACAGGGGAGCCUAUGGCCCUAACAUGUACAAUGCCAGCACCUACCACCUGUACGGCAACAUGCCUGUCCAUGGCUUCCCCUUCUCCCUUGGAAAGCUGCCAGAAGCCAAAUCUCCCUACCCGGACUACCCCAAAGGCGGUAGCCUCCACCAGAAGCACUGCUCUCCUCCUGAUAACACUAACGCGGAGUACAGCAGGCUGGUGUCCAACAUCACUUCCAGAGAAGCCCUGGACGAAGAGGUAAGGAAGGAGAGCCACUGCCACGUGCCCCAGAGCCCCAAGCCCAUGGGGAUCCCACUCAGGAAGAACAGCUUCUCCACACCGGGGCACGAGCAGGUGGACAAGGGCAGGCGGAGCCCGUCUGUGGAGGAGGAGCUGAGCCCCCGGCACUACCCCCUGAGCGGCUCAGCCGGCAGCCGCAAGGCCCUGAUGAGCAGCCCCCAGAGCCCACUGAAAUCAGACUGCCAGCCCAACUCCCCCACAGAGUCCAGCAGCAGCAAGAACGCAGCCUUCUCUCAGACCGCCAGCUCCCCCACCUCCCAGUGCCCCCCAGACCCCAGACGCAACUGGAAGAAGUACAAGCUCAUUGUGCUGAACUCCAGCAACCAGAGCAAGGACAGCAACAGCAGCAGCAGCAGUGGAAGCCCCCGGGACACGGAGACUCACUCCCCAGCCUGCCUGCAGAGCAGCGAGCCGGAGAGCAUGGAGCUCCACACCCCAGCCAAGAUGAGCGAGCAUGAGGGGGACCUGACGGCCCCCCAAACUAGCCGGCUCAACAAUAUCAUCAACAGAUCCCUGGAAUCCCCUCGGAGUCACAAUGAAAGCCACUCUUCUCUCUACAUGAACCAUUUGAAGUGCGGCUCCCAGUCCCCCCGGCACUCUGAAGUGUGCCCCAACACUCCCGGAUCUCACUAUGGGGAGGAGAUGACGGAGCUGCAUUCGGAAUACUCGGACUCCAGCUGUGAAAAUGGAACAUUCUUUUGCCAUGAAUGCAACUCCAAAUAUACAGAGGAGGAUGCUCUUAAAAGACACACUCUCCAGGUCCACAGUGACAAGCCAUACAAAUGUGACCGGUGCCAGGCUGCCUUCCGCUACAAAGGAAACCUCGCCAGCCACAAAACCGUCCACACAGGAGAGAAACCUUAUCGCUGUAACAUCUGCGGUGCUCAGUUCAACAGACCAGCUAACCUCAAGACCCAUGCUCGCAUCCACUCGGGAGAAAAGCCAUACAAAUGUGAAACCUGUGGUGCACGCUUUGUACAGGUUGCUCACCUGCGUGCUCACGUGCUGAUCCACACAGGAGAGAAGCCGUACCCCUGUGAGAUCUGCGGGACUCGCUUCAGACACCUGCAGACCCUCAAGAGCCACCUUCGCAUCCACACAGGAGAGAAGCCUUACCAUUGUGAGAAAUGCAACUUGCACUUUCGCCACAAGAGCCAGCUCAGACUCCACCUCCGACAAAAGCACGGCGCGAUCACGAACACCAAGAUUCAAUACCGCAUGCCCAUUCCAGACCUGACCAAGUCCUGCUGAGCUACUGGGACAGGAACCGACACAAGACAAGGUUUCAACACCCCUGGAUUCUACAGUCAUCCAAAUGUGGAGAGGCUCACUGUUGUGGGAAAGGACAGCCAAACCGCGUCUGCCAACCUAAACGGGUUUCCUAUACAUGUUAAACGAAAGCCACAUUUGAGUCACUAUUGUCUAUAGUCACUUUAUUGUCCAAAUAUAAAGAUGGGAGUGUUUAAGCGAUCUCUCUCUCUCUCUCUCUUCUCCUCUUCUCUCCUCUCCUCUCCUCUCCUCUCCUCUUCUCUUCUCUUCUCUUCUCUUCUCUCUCUCUCUCUCUCUCUCUCUCUCUCUCUCUCUCUCUCUCUCUCUCUCUCUCUCUCUCUCUCUCUCUCUCAUAUUAUAUAUAUUCUUUAUUUUGGGAAAAGGAUGGAAUGUACAAAAAAUCCAGAGUUGUAUUUUGUAUAAAGAGCAUAGUUUUAUGAGAGCACUAUAAAUUUAAGUGAAGGAUGGUAUAUUUAAACGGUACAAAUCUUUUAAUGGUAGACCUUGUUUUAAAAAAAAAAAAAAAAAAAAAAAAAAAAAAGUGUGUAUAAAUGUAUGGGUGUAUCUAUAUAGCACAAUUGCCUAAUUCAUGGAAUUGGCAGACAUGGCAAAUGCAAUCGACAGCAAUGCUUGUGUCUUAUGCUGCUGUGUAAAUGCAUUUUAAAAACAGACUGGCUUCUGCAGGCAGAGGCCAAUCAGGGCUUGGUGUUUUAAAAUUAUGUAUUUUGAAGGUAUUGCUUCUGUAGAAGCAAGAAAUUGUGUCUAAUACUUAUUUGUACAGAAAUGUUUUUGUUUGUUUUGUAAGUGAAGGUUGACAGUUUCUUUGUUUUACAAGCUACAGUAGGUGUGACUGUUGGUAUUUGUACUGAAGGUGCCUUUCUUUGUGGUGACAAAAACAUUUUCAAUCAGUCCAAUAAAAACCAGCAAGGUACGACUUCAAGGACUUUGUAUGUCCUGAAAGGAAUUUUAAAAUGCUUUUAUCAUCGUCCUCCAGAACCUGUGCCAUCAACGUGCUUUACCUGUAAAUCUUCAGGAGGCUUUGGGGUGUGGUCUUUUAAACUGCAUUAAGCUUAUAUUGUAAAAAUAUAGGUGUAUGAAUGUAAAAUAAAAUGUCUGAAUAUUGAAUUUUAA